AUGAGCGCAAUGAGCGUUAAAGCAUUCGACGGGCAACAACUAGAUAUCGACAUACAAUCAACGCUAUGGCAAACAUUCCACAGACAGAUACUACCUAUCAAAUACGCAGAAGAACUAAAACUUAUCAUCACUUCUCUCACAUUCUUCCUGGCAACAAAGAGGUCAAAAACUGGCACAUCCACAUACGGAUCGAGACUGACAGGAUGCGAAUACAGAACAACAAAACUACCACUGUACGUUGCUACAAUCUUGGGAGAUUAUUUGGCAAAGCAAUUUUCGUCUUCCUUCAGUCACCAAACUAACUGCUUUAAAGUACUGAAAAUUAUAGACAAAUUAUCAUCUCUCUGGGAAUUUUCAACUUUCCUACAAUUUGUGGCAGGAUCACAAACAUAUCUCUCAACAUGGCACAAAAUUUUAAGCAUACAAUGCCAACAAACCAAUUUUUCGGAAUUCUACGGUGGCACGGUUUACGCAAGUCAAGAUUUCUCAAAUAAACAACUCCUAUGGAACGCAAUCUUAGAGAUUCUCAAUACGGAAAGCAUCGGUGCCAUAUUGCUGACGAAACUCGAAAAACAAAACUUAUUAACCAACCAUAGCACAUCAACAAAAACUUGUCCGAAUUGCAACGAGUACCCAAUUAAUCCAACAUCAAUAAGCUGCUGCAAAUCCACUUACUGCUACAUUUGUUUCCUGAGAGUUUUGAAAUCAUCCCAGUGCAAGAGUUGCAAGUCAACUACUACACUACAAGGGACCCUUAUUUAUAGUCUCAAAACAGAGGAAUCUACGCUAUUAGAAAACCAUCAAUAG